AUGCAUACCAGCGAAUACGACUACCUCUUCAAGCUUCUCCUGAUUGGCGACUCCGGCUCUUGUCUGCUCUUGCGUUUCGCUGACGACACAUACACCGAGAGUUACAUAAGUACCAUCGGCGUCGAUUUCAAGAUUCGAACUAUUGAGCUUGAAGGCAAGACGGUCAAACUACAGAUUUGGGAUACUGCAGGUCAGGAACGCUUCCGAACCAUCACGUCCUCCUACUAUCGGGGCGCGCACGGUAUCAUUGUGGUUUAUGAUGUUACUGAUAAUGAUACUUUUACGAACGUCAAGCAAUGGCUGCAGGAGAUUGACCGAUAUGCGUCUGAGGGCGUCAACAAGCUGCUUGUCGGGAACAAGUCAGAUCUCACAAGCAAGAAGGUUGUCGAGUACAGCGCCGCCAAGGAAUUCGCCGACCAGCUGACCAUUCCCUUCCUCGAGACGUCGGCAAAGAAUGCCACCAAUGUCGAGCAGGCUUUCUUGACCAUGGCGAAGCAGAUUAAGGAUAGAAUGGGUUCGAGCUCGUCGACUGUUGGUGGUACGGGCAAGUCAUCAACGAUCACCCCAGGCCAGACUGUCACGCAGCAGACAUCUGGUGGUUGCUGCUAA